AUGUCUGACUCAGGAGACAAAAGUGUCAAGAUGCUUGAGCGCAUCAACAAGCAGCUCAGAGGCGCUGUGCUUGCGAGUUUUCCCUGUGCGUUUGAGCAAUAUGUCUGCAUCUCUAUGCCAGGCACUAUUAUCGAUACGCGUCUGGGAGGAAGCUAUCUUCCCGAGGGCGAAAAGGCGACCGCCGAUGUGCGUAACAUGAUCCAGAUCAACGAAUCGACGCUCGUUGACUCCAUGGUCCCUCUUGACAAAGUCAUGCUUGGCCCGACCGGAAAGAGUGUGACUCGAAGUUACUACACGGCCCUGGACAUGCUCGUUCCUCGUAAAACAGAUAUUGGCUCUGUGGACGUGGAGACAGAUUUCAGCUCUGAGAGCAAAAGCAAAUACAGCCAGGCCAUGCGUUUCCUUCGCUCCAAAGAAUCUAUACUCACACCGGAUUCCGAGGUCAAGGGUUCUAGAGUUGCCCUGGUCAAGGAUAAAGCUGCUCAGAUUGGAAUUCAAGGUACAGUAGUUGACCGCUACGUUGAGAAACAACUUGCCUGGUCCGAGGCUCGGGGAAAAUGGGAUGCAGUUCGAAGUGAAGCUCUUGAGGCUCGGGAGGCGCGUCCAGAGAUGCAGAGCGCUGCCGCAUUUAGUGCAAGACAGAAGGAUAUCAAGCGAGCACAAGGUGAACUGCAUGCGCGUUGGAUGGACUGGGUGGUCAAUGGCGACAAGUUUCGUGUGGACUACUGUUUUGCUUUGGUUGACCGAGAUUCCGUUAUGGCGAGAAUCGAAAGAGCAAAAGAAGCUACCCGCGAUGCUAUGUUAACCAGCAUCGACGGAACAGAAUGGGCACAGGUCUCUCUUGAACCAAAGAACUGGGCUGCUCUUUGCCGUGAGAAGGCCCUUGCGUGGGCGGAAAGAAAUCCAGUUGACACCGAGUUCCUGGAAAUGCGCGCUGAGAAUCUGAGGAAAAUGCUCGCCUCCUACAACGUUUACAAAGAGACCUUCUUGGACGACAAGGAGGCAGGUACGUCAGGAACGGCGAACGUUCCCCCGGCCACCAGUGGCACAGCUCCCUCCGGCGAGAGUCAACCCCCUGCAACCAGCGGUAGCCAAGCUCCUGCGGCCAGUUCGCACCAGGAAGCGACAAUCCAAUCUACUGAAGCUGAGCUGCAACAAGCCCUCCGCGAUAUUUACACCGCCGAAGUAGCCAUAAACGACGCCAAGAAGAAAGACGGCGUGGUUAAAGAUCCUGAACUUAAUACAAAGCUUGAGGUUGCUACGAAGAAAUGGCUUAAUGCCAGCAAGACCCUUGCCGGACUGCGGUCGCAAUUCGAUGUGAAUCAGCUAACGGCUGCGGGUAGACACAACCUGUCUCGCUCUAUUAGCAGCCAUAUCGAGGGGUUGAAAGCUCAACUGGACGCUCUCGACUCGAAAAUCGCAAAGGCUGCGGGUGGUCUCAAUAAUAUCAUUUUAGGGGUAAGAAAAGAUGAGACCAUCAUCCGCAGUGGUGAUGCUGACGCCGAACACCCCUCUUCGGCCGUACCCAAGGGUGAUGGGAAGAGUGCCGACGUGUGGACAAAGAUCAAAUUUGAUGUCAGCACCAAAGAAGAUGAGAUGAAGAGCAAGGAGAACAACCUUUCCGGCUCCUUCAAUGUUGACGUUGGCAGUUGGUGGGCCUCUGUUAAGGCACAGACGACAGUCUCAUCCUCCAGCAAGACUUUCGAGACGAAAAUGUCUCAGUGUUCCGUUUCUGGAUCCUUCUCUGCCAUGGUUGUCACCAUUCGCCGUCCUUGGCUACAUGCCGACUUAUUCCAAGACUUUGAUAUCGAUAUCCCGGAAGGUACCAAGCUCAGUCCGGGUGCUCGGACUAUGCGCGACUGGAUUGAGAACGGUGACGAGACGACCAACGACAAGCGCACUAAUUACGGAAAGUUCCCUGCGUAUCCCACGUCAUUCAUUGUAGCAGCUGAUACUGUGCUUGAGUUCAAAUCAAAUGAAGCUGCCAGCAAAGAGAUGGCAAGCUCACUCUCGACAGACAGCUCAAUCCAGGCCAGCUAUGGCCCAUGGGGCCUCAAGACUGGUGCAUCUGUCAAAACAGACAAUAAGGAAUCAUCACAGAAAAUGACUGUCAAUGGCGGAACUCUACGCAUUGAGUUCCAAGCACCUCAGAUCAUCGGUUGGGUCUCUGAGAUUCUACCCCAGCUGCCACGUGGUGCCGAUGCUUACAGAAUGGGGGGCCUAAAUGCGCCGCCUAACAUGGCUUUCCGUGCUAACCUGUGA